AUGGAGCAGGAGAUGGACAUCGAAGCUCAAAGUAAGGCUGAAGAUCACUUGGAAGCCACUGCCAUCUUUGAGAAUACAAAUCAAACUGUUAUAUUAGAGUUUGUUGAUGUUGUCUACACAAUCAAGCUUCGAAAACAAGGUAAUUUCUUUCGAAAGAAUUCGGGGUCAGAAGAGAAAGUGAUCUUAAAUGGGAUCACCGGAACGGUUCACCCUGGGGAGAUGUUAGCCAUGCUAGGUCCAUCAGGCAGUGGCAAAACGACUCUAUUGACUGCAUUAGGAGGCCACUUGGGAGGGCGGCUCAAUGGAACCGUAACUUACAAUGGCAAGCCUUUCUCAAAUGCAACGAAGCGAAAUACCGGUUUUGUUACUCAAGAUGAUGUUCUCUACCCUCACUUGACAGAGUCCGAAACCCUUGUAUUCACUGCCCUUCUUCGGUUACCUAAUAGUUUUAGUAAAGAAGAGAAGAUCAUGCAUGCUGAAACUGUGAUCACUCAACUAGGGCUAACUAAGUGCAAACACAGCAUCAUUGGAGGUCCAUUUCUGAGAGGAGUUUCGGGAGGGGAGAGGAAAAGGGUUAGUAUAGGGCAAGAGAUGCUUAUAAACCCGAGCUUGUUGUUCUUGGAUGAGCCUACAUCGGGUCUGGAUUCGACUACAGCUCAAAGGAUUGUGUCAACAUUGUUGGAGCUUGCCAAAGGUGGAAGAACAGCUGUGCUGACGAUACAUCAGCCAUCGAGUAGGCUGUUUUACUUGUUUCAUAAGGCUUUGCUACUAUCAGAAGGAAACCCUUUGUAUUUUGGACAAGGAUCGGCUGCCAUGGAUUAUUUUUCCAGCAUCAGAUAUGCCCCAUCAGUUGGCAUGAACCCUUCAGAUUUCCUCCUGGAUCUUGCAAAUGGUAUGUUUUCAUCGAAUGAAUCACAAGAGGAACAAACCGUGGUGAAAGCAUUAAUUUCUGCCUACAAGAGCAACAUUGCUGCGAAAUUAAAGGAUGAGCUUCAAGAAGUCAGGCAUCACCCUCCUGAUCAAAUGGAAAACAAGAAGUUUGUAAGGUGGGCUACAACUUGGCGGCAACAGUUCACUCUAUUGCUACAAAGAGGAGUAAAGGAAAGGAAGCAUGAGUCAUUCUCUGGCCUCAACAUAGCUCAGGUCCUGGUGGUAGCUGUCCUUGUAGGAUUAAUGUGGUGGCAAUCUGAUAUUGUGCACUUGCAAGACGAGAUUGGACUCCUCUUCUUUUCUUCAAGAUUUUGGGGCUGCUACCCUCUAUUUCAAGCAAUUUUCAACUCCCCUCAGGAACGUAUGAUGCUCGAAAAAGAAUGGUCUUCAGGCAUGUACAGGCUUUCCUCAUACUUCAUGUCAAGAACCAUUGCUGAUCUCCCCGUGGAACUUAUACUUCCCACUGCUUUUGUUACAAUAACAUAUUGGAUGGCAGGACUUAAACCCACAGCAAGAAAUUUCCUGCACACCUUAUUUGCCCUUCUUUUUGGUGUCCUUGUCUCUCAAAGCCUAGGGCCAGCCCUUGGUGCCUUCGUAAUGGACCUUAAAUCAGCAACUAUACUUGGCUCAGUGGUCAUGCUUACUUUCUUACUUGCUGGUGGGUUCUAUAAUCAACAUGUCUCUCCUUUCAUAUCAUGGAUCAAAUACAUUUCUAUUAGCCAUCACACAUACAAACUCGUCUUGGGGUCUCAAUACAAGCCAAAUGAAACUUACCCUUGUGAUGAUCCUGGAAAAGUUUGCUUGGUUGGAGAUUUUCCAACGAUAAAAAAUAUAGGCCUCGAUGGCCAACUUCUCUCUGCUGUUGCCCUAGCCAUAAUGCUUGUGGUAUACCGGAUGCUUGCUUAUUUGGCCCUCAUGAAAAUUGGGGUGACCAAAAAAUUAAAGGAGUAGCUUAACAUAUUACAUUAUGCACCAAGUAUAUGAAUCAAAUUAGCGAUACCAUUUCCUUCAUUUUUGUUUUUCAUUUUAUUGGCUUGUAUACUGUACGGAUGACAAGUAAAACUAGAGUAAAAUUUUAUACCAUUCGAUUGUUUUGACAACUUAAAGAAUUUCAAUUAUGUGCUCUAUGCUUAUUCUAUCCCAAUUAAAUUACUUGAUCCCCACAUCUAGUUUUGGUGGUUAAGGCCUAAACUAUGUUGCCAUUGUAUCAACCUAACUCCUUGAACCUCAAACUGAUAAUAGGCAAUGUCAUUUAUGGCCCAAUAAAUUGAUCCCUCAUGCCAAGAGCUUGCUCUAGUAGGGCCAUAGUUGGAUUGGACACCAUAAUCUUUUUGUAUAUGGUGGAGAUCAUUCCAGCUCUAGCUGAAUUGGCUGUUUCCCAUGACAUCCACAAAACUUGAAUCUCUUAGCUCACAAUUCUCCAAUUGUUGGCCACCAGGUGAACAAAUUUGGCAAAUACCUUAGCUAAACCCUGAAACAACGCCGUGUUAUUGUGUCUUGAUUGUGGCAGUACAGGCAGGCUUGAGUCAUUGCUUGUCUCUUUUAAAUUUUUGUUGUGCCAUAUGUUUUGGCCACAAGUAUAUGAGAUUACAGAAGGGACAGCAUCGACAGGGUUUUGUAUGGAAUUUUGGUUGAUGGUUCUCUCAAAUUGGUGUGUUUUUGGGUCAAACUCACGCAUCAUAAUCCUAAUUGCUGUAAGUUGGUUGUCAAUCGGCAUGUCAGAAGAUUUAGCUUGAAUCAUGUCUACAUUGACUCCCUAUCCUUAUUCUCAAAUUUCAUUCUUAUCAAAAACAAAUUCCAAAACUUCUGGCCAGUUCUGCCUAGUUGCAUAUUGGUGACAUACUUGAUCACAUUGUUUCCCCCAUGCUUCCAAUUUUUCCAAUUUCUUAUCAGAGUCUUAGCUAGCUGAUGUGGAAUAAAUGUGAUAUCUUUCUACAGUCAACCCAGAAACUGAUCAGAAAUGACUCAAUGAAGAACAUUGACUAUUAAAAUAUUGAUUUUUAGAUUGGGCAAAGAUUUCUGUAAACCAAUAUAUUAAAAACUUUAUGCUUAUUGGGCAGCUGCCUAACCUCCCAUAAAUGGGACAUCAAGAAAGGUGUGAAACACAAUAAAAUACAUCAUCACACCAUUGAAAAACCGACAACUAAACCAUGGUGUAAUGUGUUCUCAGCUGCCAUCUUUUUUCUGGCUUAGGCAGGCUUCAAGGCUUGAAGCUAGCUAGCAUUCUUAUUUAUGAUUUAUGGAUACUCAGUUGAAUUUUCAGUCUGAGUAUCUUGGAACAAUUUUGGGAUUUGUCAAAAGCUUGCCUUCAGAAAGAGAAAAAAGAUGAAAGAAAAUUGGCUACAGAUUGUGACUGGAAUCAGAGUUUGUCUGAUAUAUACUGAUAUCAUCUCCUGCUGUCAGCAAUUUAUCAAGUGUGGAAGGUUCAUGGAAGAAACCUCCAAAGGGGACAUGUACAAGACAUGUGGGAGCCCAAACAUUAUAGUUUUCUUGACUGAAUUUUACUCAGGAUUUUUUAAUCCCAUAGUUGAUUGGUUUUGGGCUUGUAGGCGGCUAGACCUGUCUCUCUUGUGUCUAGGCUUUUAGCCAAAUUUUAUAGUGCAAUUUCCAUAGACACUUAUAGAAAAAGGUAGAAAUUUUAUUUACUUACGUGGGAAAUCACUAUGUUUUGUUGGUCAAUCUGAAUAUUUAAAUAAAAUAUUAACACAUCACGCUCUCAUAUUUUCUUUCACUUAAAUCGAAAGAAAAUUAGAUUUUUUUUUUAAUUUUUCAACUUGUAAGAUAAGCAUAGGAGUGGGAUUUUUCUCAUUUAUAUAUUGCUCAUUAAAGAUUAUGAAAUAAAGUAAGUUAAAAAAUAUAUUAGUAUAGUUGACUAUGUAUCAUACACAUUUAGCAUAUGCACACUAAGAUUGGUGUACUUGUUAAUGUUCCCAGUAGCUUCACAUGGCCUUAUAAUUAAACCCAAAAUUCAAUCAAUCAUGAUAAAGGUUUCAAAACUUACUAGGUUCUCUGGUCUUGGGCAGACAAUUGAAGUCUAAGAUUAUGGCUUGAAAGCACUUGUUGCAGGCUCAUGCAGCUGACAUUUAGGCCAAGUGAAGUCAAAAUGUUAGAGAUGCAGAUUCAUAUGAA